AUGGGACAAGAGAAGAGAGGAGAGGAGGAGAGAUGGGAUAAGAGAGGAGAGGAGGAGAGAUGUGUGAAGAGAGGAGAGAAGAGGAGGGAAGAAGAGGACUUUGUGUGUAUUGAGGCUUCUGUUUGGAUUCAGAUUUUCACCUUGUGUAAAAAGAGAGUGUGUUGAGGAACAUGUGUAUCUCCAUUGAUAGAGCCUGUGAAGGCAGGGAGGGAUGGAUGCUGGGCCAGGGCAGUAAAGAGGUACAGGACAAGCAUACGGCCAUCAGCCCAGCACCAGUCUGCUAGGAGGGAUUGGGAAGGCAGUAAAAACGCUUUACAAUAUUAACUUUAUGAACACCCAUCUGUGAUCGGCCGGCUGGGUCUGCUGGGGUUGGAUGGGCAGUGUGUGUGUGGUGUGUGUAUAUGUGUGUGUGUGUAAAACGUGCUCACACACACUCCGUCAUGGUGACUCAGUGAGCUGAAUAAUUAAAAUCAGUCCUUCAUUCACCAGUCAUGUUACCAUUAACAGGCCUUGAUUAUAAAACCCUCAUUUACAACUGACUGGAUGGAUUUAUGACAACAAUGGUUUUCUCCCUGUCACUGUAAUGACGUUGUAUUGAUUUAACUGAGUUUAGGAUGUGUCUUCAUAGGAUGUGUGUGUUUGUCAGAGUAUGUGAGUUUGUGAAAUUGUUGUGUUUGUGUGCAUGUGUGUGUGUGUGUGAGAAGAGAUUGUGAAAAUGUGUGUGCUUGUGUGUGUGUGUGCUUGUGUUUGUGUGCUUGCGUGUGUGUGCUUGUGUGUGUUUGUGUUUGUGUGUGCGUGCAUGGAUAUGUGAAGUGUGUGUGUGUGUAAAGGUGUUGUUGAAUCAGAUUGGGGGAAUGAGAUUGACCUUCCCUGUGUAGAAGGGUCGUCCCUUUGGUCCGCUCUGACUGGAGGACAGUAAAUUACCCAUAAAGCACCUCUGCCUGACGAGGCACGAAGCAGAGAGCUGUACAUUUCCUUUAGUACCCCAGUCCUCAUCCAGACAACGCAAUCAUCUGAGGCAAGGGCGCUUACGCAACACUGGGACACUUGGUGUGUUUGUGUGUCGGGGGUGUGUGAUGUGCAUUACACUUGCUAAUUCUACUCCUCUCCUCCCUCCCCUCCUUCUCCUCCUCUCCCUCUCCUCUCUUCCUUUCCUUCUCCCCCUCCUCUCCUCCCUCUCCUUCCUCUCUCUCCUCCUCUUCCUCUCCUUCUCUUCCUCCUGCAGCUCAUGGCAGCCAUCAUCUUCAUCAGUAUGGGUGUCAUCGCUUCCUUCUUCUGUGCCAUCGUGGACGGAAUCAUCGCGGCUGAAUUCAUAGUCAGUAACACAGACACACACACACACGCACACACACACACACACACACACACACACACACACACACACACACACACACACACACACACACACACACACACACACACACACACACACACACACAUACACACACUCUGCUCAGGCAGGCUGACUCCAGUAAUGAAAUUUAGUGGAUACAAUCAGAUGGAACUCUCGUCUCUCAUCUCCGUGGGCAACUGUCCCUGUCACCGCUCUGUCAUCACUCACGUGGCAACAGUCAAAUCAGACCAAUCUAUCUCAGCGCUCGCCCUGCUCGGCAUUGUGGGUGGUCUGGUCUGACAGCCUGUGAUGACAGCCCAGUAAAGACUGAUUGAACAUCCCAUAAUAACAAUAACAUCCCCUCACUCUAAGACAGGACAAGCUACAGAAUGCUAGGCUGCCUCCAAAAUGGCACCCUAUUCCCUAUAUAGUGCACUACUUUUGACACAGCCUUAAAGUGGAACUGACAGCGUUUUAACUACUUUGCAGAUAUGAAAAAAACAGACAAUCAUAAUAUCAGUAAAAAAUAAUAAAAUCCCAGUUUAUGCUACAAAACCAAUUUUAUAAGAUGUUUUAAAAAGAGGUUAUAUUUGACUCAACAUUCCAUGACGUACACUAAGGCAUUGUUGGCAGAAUUGAUGGAUGCAGUUCAUAAUUAAUAUAAUAUUGCUAUCAGGUUGUAAAUCACAGCUGGCCUGGUACAGUGUUUGCUGCCUCCAUUCGGGAUGCACCGUUUCAGUUUCAAUGAGUCAAUAUUUUUGACAAAAACUCACAUAUGUAACUAAGGCUGGGAAUGUCAAUAUAAUCAAACUAGCAAAGGCAAUGAUCACAAGUCUGUCAUAACGUGGCUAUUUAUGUAGCAAGCUAAAAACAUGGAGCCUAACGUUAGCUAGCUAGCUGAUAGGAGGAUGUCAUUGGAGGAGUGGGUGAGCUACUGACUUUUUCCCCUCAUAUCGUUUUUCGGUGGCUGUACACAGCUAGAGAUGCAGGUGUCAUUUGGUUAGCUAGCAAGAACAUGAACGACUGUUACCCAGUUAGCAAAUUCACUCUGGCUAUCUCCUCCGAUUUCAGAGCACUCUCUUCUGAGUGUGCCAGAGCACAGAAUAACUGAUUAAUUUACGAACGCUCAACACCCGUUUAAUAUGGCCAAACGUGUUUGCUUAUUUUUUUCUUUAAGCAAUGGCUUUUUUCUGACCACUCUUCCAUAAAGCCCAGCUCUGUGGAGUGUACUGUCACGAUCGUCAGGGUAAGGAGUAGACCAAGGCGCAGCAUUGCAGGCAAACAUACUCAUUUAUUAAGCGAAACGAUAUCAAAACAACAAAAGACGGAAACGUGACAGUACACGGUAUAACACAACCAACUCGAAACAAGAACCCACAAAACACAAAGGAAAACCGACAGUUUAAAUAUGGCUCCCAAUCAGAGACAACCACCAAACAGCUGACACUCGUUGCCUCUGAUUGGGAGUCACUCAGGCCAACAUAGAAAAACACAACCUAGAACACCCAACAUAGAAACAGAACACAUAGAAUAAACACACCCUGGCUCAACAAAUAGAGUCCCAGAGCCAGGGUGUGACAGUACCCCCCCCCUAAAGGCGCGGACUGCGACCGCGCCUCAAUAAGAGCUAAACAGGGGAGGGCUGGGUGGGCAUACCUCCUCGGCGGCGGUUCUGGCUCUGGCCUUGCCCACCACCCUCCAAUCAACCCCCCAUAGCGCCCCUGGUCCGGUCUAGCCCCGCUGGCCGGAGCCGGACUGACGACACGCACCCCUGGCUUGGUGCGUGGAGCAGGAACGGACCGGACCGGGCUGACGAUGCGCACCCCUGGCUUGGUGCGUGGAGUAGCAACUGGCCGAACCGGGCUGACGAUACACACCCCUGGCUUGGUGCGUGGAGCAGGAAUGGACCGGACCGGGCUGAUGAUGCGCACCCCUGGCUUGGUGCGUGGAGUAGCAACUGGCCGGACCGGGAUGACGACUCGCACCCCUGGCUUUGUGCGUGGAGCCGGAACGGGCCUCACCGGACUGACGACUCGCACCCCUGGCUUGGUGCGUGGAGCCGGAACGGGCCUCACCGAACUGACGACUCGCACCCCUGGCUUGGUGCGUGGUGCCGGAACGGGCCUCACCGGACUGACGACUCGCACCCCUGGCUUGGUGCGUGGAGCCGGAACGGGCCUCACCGGACUGACGACUCGCACCCCUGGCUUGGUGCGUGGAGCCGGAACGGGCCUCACCGGACUGACGACUCGCUCCCCUGGCUUGGUGCGAGUAGCAGGAACGGGCUGGACCAGGCUGACGACUCGCACUCCUGGCUUGGUGCGAGUAGCAGGAACGUUCUGGACCAGGCUGACGACUCGCACCCCUGGCUUGGUGCGAGUGGCAGGAACAGGCUGGACCAGGCUGACGACUCGCACCCCUGGCUUGGUGCGAGUGGCAGGAACAGGGCGGGCCGGGCUGGCGACGCGCACCGUAGGUUUGGUGCGAGUGGCAGGAACAGGCCGGGCCGGGCUGGCGACGCACACCGUAGGUUUGGUGCGUGGAACAGGCCGGGCUGGGCUGGCGACGCACACCGUAGGCUUGGUGCGUGGAGCAGGGACAGGCCGAACCGGGCUGUGGAGACGGAUAGGAGACCUGGAGUGAAGAGCGGCCACCACCCGUCCUGGCUGAAUGCCUACCCUCACACACUCUGUGUGUGGCAUCCGCACAGGACGUACAGGGCUGUGUACCCGUACUGGCAUAACAGCACGUGACACUGGAGCAGGAUAUCCGGGACCGCGGAGAGGCAUUGGAGACCACGAGCGUUGAGCCGGCACACUCCGUCCUGGCUGCAUACCCACCUUCGCACGACACGUGCGGGGUGCUCGCACAGGACGUACAGGACUAUGCCGGACCACUCGUGGCACAGUACGCCGCUCCGCAUACCGCGGAACCUGCCCCGUCCCAUGCUGCCAUGCCUGAGCACGGGAAGUUGGUUCCGCUCUCCAUCCAGGCUCCGCCAACCUGCCUUCUGGCCCCCCAAACCCGGUGGCCUCCUCUCCAAAUCGCCCUGUGGCAGCCUCCUGCUGCCCAGCCGCCCAUGCCGUGUGCCCCCCCCCUAAAAUUUUUUUGGGGUUGCCUCUCGUCCUUCCGACGAUGACACUGCUGACGCCGCUGCUCCUCUCUUGCCAGGGCCUUAAUCCUACCCCAAGGUCCCUUGCCCCCGAGCAUGUCCUCCCAGGACCACGAUUUGCCCACCUGGGCCAUCGCCAACCUCUCCAUCUCUUUACCUGGCGCUUCCUCCCAUGUCCAGUCUGCCUGCUCCUGGACACGCUGCUUGGUCCUUUUAUGGUGGGUUCUUCUGUCACGAUCGUCAGGGUAAGGAGUAGACCAAGGCGCAGCGUUGCAGGCAAACAUACUCAUUUAUUAAGCGAAACGAUAUCAAAACAACAAAAGACGGAAACGUGACAGUACACGGUAUAACACAACCAACUCGAAACAAGAACCCACAAAACACAAAGGAAAACCGACAGUUUAAAUAUGGCUCCCAAUCAGAGACAACCACCAAACAGCUGACACUCGUUGCCUCUGAUUGGGAGUCACUCAGGCCAACAUAGAAAAACACAACCUAGAACACCCAACAUAGAAACAGAACACAUAGAAUAAACACACCCUGGCUCAACAAAUAGAGUCCCAGAGCCAGGGUGUGACAUGUACGGCUUAAAGUGGUCCUAUGGACAGAUACUCCAAUCUCCGCUGUGGAGCUUUGCAGCUCCUUCAGGGUUAUCUUUGGUCUCUUUGUUUCUGAUUAAUGCCCUCCUUGCCUGGUCCGUGAGUUUUGGUGGGCGACCCUCUCUUGGCAGGUUUGUUGUGGUGCCAUGUUCUUUCCAUUUUUUAAUAAUGGAUUUAAUGGUGCUUUCUGGGAUGUUCAGUGUUUUGGAUAUUUUUUUAUAACCCAACCCUGAUCUGUACUUCUCCACAACUUUGUCCCUGACCUGUUUGGAGAGCUCCUUGGUCUUCAUGGUGCCACUUGCUUGGUGGUUCCCCUUGCUUAGUGGUGUUGCAGACUCUGGGGCCUUUCAGAACAGGUGUAUAUAUACUGAGAUCAUGUGACAGAUCAUGUGACACUUAAAUAAAGUCCACCUGUGUGCAAUCUAACUAAUUAUGUGACUACUGAAGGUAAUUGGUUGCACCAGGUCUUAUUUAGGGGCUUAAUAGCAAAGGGAGUGAAUACAUAUGCACGCACCACUUUUCCGUUAUUUAUUUGUUAGAAUUUUUUGAAACAAGUAAUUAUUUUCAUUUCACUUCACCAAUUUUGACUAUUUUGUGUAUGUCCAUUACAUGAAAUCCAAAUAAAAAUAAAUGUAAAUUACAGGUUGUAAUGCAACAAAAUAGGAAAAAGGCCAAGGGGGAUGAAUAUUUUUGCAAGGCACUUUAAGAGGACUCCCAUGGUAUCGACACAUUUGCAGAAAUACAUUUAGGUGUAUUUUGUGGCUUUUUGUGAAUACAUUCUUACUAUCAAAAGUCGCGCUGUUGCAACUGCCUGUAACCACACAGUCCAGUUCAAAGUGAAUGAUGGCAGGCCUGUGUGGCAAAUGGCUUGUUUACAUUAAGGCCUACUGUAGCUCUGAUUGGCUAUAGCGCACUGGUCUGCGUAGACUCCGGUCCUGGACAAGACAGAUGUUUUUAGUAGGUUUUAUUUACUGCAGUGUCUAUUAAUUGUCCAAACGCACGGCCGUUUUCCCACUCUAUACUGCUAUAGAAUUUUCACAAUUCUCUACGGAAUUCCCAAACAUUCGAAGAAUUGAUGAAAAUGAGAAAAUGACAGUUUCUAAUGGCUCGCUUGUCAGAAAAUGAUUCAUAUUCUUCCUAGGGGUGUACAUGAACAGAUUUUAAUAAGAUUUCAUGUUGCAGGGCCUCCCGAGUGGCGCAGCAUUCCAAGGCACUGCAUCGCAGUGCUAGAGGCGUCACUACAGACCUGGGUUCGAUCCCAGGCUGUCUCACAACCGGCGCACAAUUGGCCCAGCGUCGUCCGGGUUAGGGGAGGGUUUGUCCGGGGGGGCUUUACUUGGCUCAUCGUGCUCUAGUUACUCCUUGUGGCGGGCGCCUGCAGGCUGACCUCGGUCUUCAGUUGAACUAUGUUUCCUCCAACACAAAAUAGAUGUAAUGUUGUUAAAAUGCUGUCAGUUCCACUUCAACCUCCUCUCUGUUUCCUCUCUCAGGACAGGAGGCCGCUGCUGGAGGACAGGUGUGAGUUCUACGCCAGUGGAUCAGGAUAUGCCUACGACAACUAUUAUACUAAGGUGAGUCAGAGCACACACACCCCCUACCACACACACACCCCCUACCACACACACACCCCCACCACACCCCCACCCACACCCCCACCACACCCCCAACCCCACCACACAACCCCACCCCCAACACCCCCACCACACACUACACCCGUCCUACCUACACACAACAACAACACACACCCCCUCCCACACACACACCAUUCCACGAUCACACGAAUCCCCCCCCCUGAGACCCCUCGCACCACCCGCCAGCCCCACCCCCCACUCCCACCCCCCCCCCCACCUCCGCCCCCACCCACCCCGCGCCACGACACACCCCCCCCACACACGCCUCCCUCCCACCCCCUCCACACACACCCCCACUGGCCCCACCCCCAACCCCUCCCCCCCCCCCUCCCCCCCACCCCCCCCAUCAACACCCACCCCACACCCGCCCACCCCCUCCCCCCCCCACCCCCCUCACCCACCCGCCCCCCCCCCAGCCGUCCGCACACCCCCCCCCCAACCCCCCCCACACCCCCCCCCCACCACCCCCACCCGGACCCCCUAGACCUACAGCCCCUAGACCCCCCCCCCGCUCCCACCGCCACCAACAACACACAACACACCCACACCCCCUACGACCCAGUUUCCUCCCACCCUCACACACACCAACACCCUCCUCCCACAAACACACAUCCUUCCUAAGUAUACAGUGUGUGAAAAUCGUUGAAUGACUUGCUUAUGGCUUUCAGAAUGAAUUGAAGCUGGAUGAAGUCUUUCCAGAGUUAGUAAAUGUCAUGGGGCGUAUCUUUUCCUUCCCAUUCUGUAACAGCAUGUUCACCAUGGAGAUCGAGCCUGUGUCUGAAAUAACACCCUCUUCCCUUCAUAGUGCAGGGGGGACAUAGAUCUAGCUUUAGAGUCUUAGAUAAUACAUAGUUAGGGGUUAUGGGGUGUUUUAUAGUCUACCUGCAGCAAGCCCUUACGGACGGGUUGGCUGGAUGGGGGCUUUUCUCGGGCACUCUGGCUCCAUCUACUGACAGUUACAUAUUCAGUUAUUUACUGCCAUAGCUAGCAACAAUGUCUCUUUAUCUCUGUGUCUAUCUAUCUAUCUAUCUAUCUAUCUAUCUACAUCUAUCUAUCUAUCUAUCUAUCUAGCCUUAUCUAUCUACUAGCUAUCUAUCUAUCUAUCUAUCUAUCUGGUCUGUCUGUCCUGUCUGUAUGUCUGUCCUGUCUGUCCUGUCGGUCGGUCUGUCUGUCUGUCCUGUCUGUCCUGUCUGUCUGUUCUGUCUGUCUGUCCUGUCUGUCCUGUCGGUUCUGUCGGUCCUGUCUUUCUGGUCUGUCCUGUCUGUCUGCAGGUGAUGUGCAACUCCUUCAACAGUGAGUGUAAAGUGAGAGUGAAGAGCAACACCUGCUACUGCUGCGACCUGUUCAACUGUGAGAGGUGAGGAAAAACACACCUGUCUCCUCUCUGUCCCUCCAGUCCAGACUACCAUACCCAGUACUAUGAGUUCACUCUGUCUCCUCUCUGUCCCUCCAGUCCAGACUACCAUAACCCAGUACUAGAGUUUCAACUCUGUCUCCUCUCUGUCCCUCCAGUCCAGACUACCAUAACCCAGUACUAUGAGUUCACUCUGUCUCCUCUCUGUCCCUCCAGUCCAGACUACCAUACCCAGUACUAUGAGUUCACUCUGUCUCCUCUCUGUCCCUCCAGUCCAGACUACCAUACCCAGUACUAUGAGUUCACUCUGUCUCCUCUCUGUCCCUCCAGUCCAGACUACCAUACCCAGUACUAUGAGUUCACGGGGGUGAGUAGCUGCUGGGACGUGGUCCAUCUCUAUCGCCUGCUGUGGGCCUGUGUGACGCUCAACAUAAUGGGCCUGUUCCUGGGAAUCAUCACCGCUGCUAUACUGGGGGCUUACAAGGACCUGGUGGGCACACACACACACACACACACACACAGUACACACACAUACACAGACACAGUACACACACACAAGAGACACACCGUACAGACACACACAAACACACUAUAUGCAUACACAGUACCUAGAACACACAUGUUUGUUAGGUAGCUAUGUCAUUUGUAAUUGUGUGUAACACUAACUAUAUUUCUUCCUCUCUCUCCCUCCUGUCAUCCUCCCCCUUCUCUCUAUCUCAGGCUCCUGCCCCCCAGAUGUCCCCCAGUCCAGCCCCACCCCCCCACAUCAUGUGUAACCCCACCCAGCACGUGGUGACCUAUGCUGGCUUCUGCCCCAACAGACAGGCCCUGCCCGCCUACCCCAACUACCCUGCUCUGCCCAUGCAGGUAACUAAUACCCCAACUACCCUGCUCUGCCCCUGCAGGUAACUAAUACCCCAACUACCCCGUUCUGCCCAUGCAGGUAACUAAUACCCCAACUACCCUGCUCUGCCCCUGCAGGUAACUAAUAACCCAACUACUCUGCUCUGCCCAUGCAGGUAACUAAUACCCCAACUACCCUGCUCUGCCCCUGCAGGUAACUAAUACCCCAACUACCCUGCUCUGCCCCUGCAGGUAACUAAUACCCCAACUACCCUGCUCUGCCCCUGCAGGUAACUAAUACCCCAACUACCCUGCUCUGCCCCUGCAGGUAACUAAUACCCCAACUACCCCGCUCUGCCCCUGCAGGUAACUAAUACCCCAACUACCCUGCUCUGCCCCUGCAGGUAACUAAUACCCCAACUACCCUGCUCUGCCCCUGCAGGUAACUAAUACCCCAACUACCCCGCUCUGCCCCUGCAGGUAACUAAUACCCCAACUACCCUGCUCUGCCCCUGCAGGUAACUAAUACCCCAACUACCCUGCUCUGCCCCUGCAGGUAACUAAUACCCCAACUACCCUGCUCUGCCCCUGCAGGUAACUAAUACCCCAACUACCCCGCUCUGCCCCUGCAGGUAACUAAUACCCCAACUACCCCGUUCUGCCCCUGCAGGUAACUAUUGCCCCAACUAUCCUGCUCUGCCCAUGCAGGUAACUAAUGCCCCAACUACCCCGCUCUGCCCCUGCAGGUAACUAAACCCCCCAACUACCCUGCUCUGGCCCCUGCAGGUAACUAAUACCCCAACUACCCUGCUCUGCCCAUGCAGGUAACUAAUACCCCAACUACCCCCGCUCUGCCCAUGCAGGUAACUAAUACCCCAACUACCCUGCUCUGCCCCUGUAGGUAACUAACCCCAACUACCCCGCUCUGCCCCUGCAGGUAACUAAUACCCCCACUACCCGCUCUGCCCUUGCAGGUAACUAAAUACCCCCAACUACCCCGCUCUGCCCCUGCAGGUAACUAAUACCCCAACUACCCCGUUCUGCCCCUGCAGGUAACUAAUACCCCAACUACCCUGCUCUGCCCCUGCAGGUAACUAAUACCCCAAACUACCCCUGCAGGUAACUAAUACCCCAAACUACCCCGCUCUGCCCCUGCAGGUAACUAAUACCCCAAACUACCCAGCUCUGCCCCCUGCAUGUAACUAAUACCCCACACUACCCUGGCUCUGCCCCUGCAGAGUAACUAAUACCCCAACUACCCCCGCUCUGCCCAUGCAUGGUAACUAAUACCCCAACUACCCCGCUCUGCCCAUGCAGGUAACUAAUACCCCAACUACCCUGCUCUGCCCCUGCAGGUAACUAAUACCCCAACUACCCUGCUCUGCCCCUGCAGGUAACUAAUACCCCAACUACCCUGCUCUGCCCAUGCAGGUAACUAAUACCCCAACUACCCCGCUCUGCCCAUGCAGGUAACUAAUACCCCAACUACCCUGCUCUGCCCCUGUAGGUAACUAAUACCCCAACUACCCCGCUCUGCCCCUGCAGGUAACUAAUACCCCCACAACCCCGCUCUGCCCCUGCAGGUAACUAAUACCCCCAACUACCCCGCUCUGCCCCUGCAGGUAACUAAUACCCCAACUACCCCGCUCUGCCCCUGCAGGUAACUAAUACCCCAACUACCCCGCUCUGCCCCUGCAGGUAACUAAUACCCCAACUACCCAGCUCUGCCCCUGCAUGUAACUAAUACCCCAACUACCCUGCUCUGCCCCUGCAGGUAACUAAUACCCCAACUACCCCGCUCUGCCCAUGCAGGUAACUAAUACCCCAACUACCCCGCUCUGCCCAUGCAGGUAACUAAUACCCCAACUACCCCGCUCUGCCCCUGCAGGUAACUAAUACCCCAACUACCCUGCUCUGCCCCUGCAGGUAACUAAUACCCCAACUACCCUGCUCUGCCCAUGCAGGUAACUAAUACCCCAACUACCCCGCUCUGCCCAUGCAGGUAACUAAUACCCCAACUACCCUGCUCUGCCCCUGUAGGUAACUAAUACCCCAACUACCCCGCUCUGCCCCUGCAGGUAACUAAUACCCCCACUACCCCGCUCUGCCCCUGCAGGUAACUAAUACCCCAACUACCCCGCUCUGCCCCUGCAGGUAACUAAUACCCCAACUACCCGUUCUGCCCCUGCAGGUAACUAAUACCCAACUACCCUGCUGCCCCUGCAGGUAACUAAUACCCCCAACUACCCCUGCCAGGUAACUAAUACCCCAACUACCCCGCUCUGCCCCUGCAGGUAACUAAUACCCCAAACUACCCCGCUCUGCCCCUGCAGGUAACUAAUACCCCAACUACCCCGCUCGCCCCCUGCAGUAACUAAUACCCCAACUACCCAGCUCGCCCCUGCAUGUAACUAAACCCAACUACCCUGCUCUGCCCCUGCGGUAGGUAACUAAUACCCCAACUACCCCGCUCUGCCCAUGCAGGUAACUAUACCCCAACAACUACUACCCUCUCUGCACCUGCAGGUACUUCAACUGUUCCAACCUCGGUAACUCUACCCUGCUCUGCCAUGCAGUAACCAAUACCCCAACUACCCUGCUCUGCCCCUGCAGGUUAGACCCCAACAACAAUAGCUUCUCUUGUCAUCCAGUGAUAUGAAUGUGUCUAUGAACCAGUCUGUCUCUAUCCUCUCUGUUGUCUCAUUCCACUCCUCUCGUGUCUCUCUCUUUCUCUCUCUUCUCCUCUCUCUCUCCCCUCUCUCUCUCUCUCUUCUCCUCUCUCUCCCCUCUCUCUCUCUUUCUUCCUCUCCUCUGCCUCUCUCUCGCUCCUCUCUCUCUCUCACUCUCUCUCUCCUCUCUCUCUGCUCUCUCUCGCGUUCUCCGUCUCUCUCUCGCUCUCCUCUUCUCCUCUCUCUCUUAUCGCCUCUCUCUCUCUCUUUCUCCUCGACCUCUCUCUCGUUCUCCUCUCCUCUCUUUCUCUCUCUCUCUCUCCUCCUCCCUUCGCGCGCUCUCUCUCUCUCCGCUCUAUCCGUCUCAUCCUCAUCUCUCUCUCGCUCUCUCUUCUCCUCUCUCUCCUCUCUCUCUCUCUUUCUCCUCUACUCUCUCUUUCUCCUCUCUCUCUCUCUUCUCCUCUCUCUCUCUCUCUUUCUCUCCUCUCAGCACCACAGCAGUUACCAGGCCCCCUCCACCCCCCUGCCCGGCCUGGAGAUGACCAUGACCCCCUCCUCCCCGUCAGAGGAGAGCCAAAGCCAGCCCUCCUCCCAGGCCCCCAGCCAGCCCACCUCCCAGACUGGCCCCCAGGACCCUGGUCAGGGCUACAUGCUAACACCCAACGCCCCUGCACUCUACCCUGGCCCCGUCUACGGGCCCUCCGGCUUCGAGAAGCCCCCUCCUUAUGCAUGCUGA